ACGUGUCUGGUGAAUACUGACGCAUUGAGUGGUGGGGAGACGAGAAUAGGGACGAGCGUCCCCAACCGAGCCAAGGCCAAGGCGGUGAUCGAUGCGAUGGUGGUGGCCAUCAAGGCAGGGGUGGAGCCGGGCGACAUUGGAAUAGUUGUGCCGUACAGCGGACAUAAGGCGCAGAAAGAGGAGA